CAAACAUUGAAAAGCAACAUUAUUUAGCCCAUCGAGGGAUCUUCCCAAUUCAUUGGAGAAUCAAUUCCCUGUUCAUUUAAUUUUAUGCAGUUCCCUUUGUAAUAGGAAGAGUUAAGAGAGAGAGAGAGAGAUCAAAUUGCACUUUCUAUUUGGUCAUUCUCUUGUGAAGCCUGUAAAGCUGAGAAGACAAUGCUUAUACACUCCCUUUGGUCAAUCUCUUGUUGGGUUUCUUGUGUCUUCCCAAUUUGCUUAUACACAUGGGUAUAUUGUCCAGUUCAAGUUACCUGCUUGCUUUCAUGGUGAUGGGUAAUGCCAGAGGUGGAAAAGAUGGAGAAGGUCCAUCGAGAACUAAAAGCUUUGAAGAUGCUGAUGUAUUAGAAUCUGAACCAGAUGGGGUGUUCUCAGAUUCCAUGGCCAUGGCUGGCUCAACUUCUCACAACCAAAGUGGGUUCCACCCUUAUGUCUUGUUCAGUCAUCGUCCUAACCCUUUAGAACCCCAUCAAAUGCCUGGCCAGCAUAUCCUUCCUCAGAAUGGAGCUUUUCUUCAACAUUUAAUGUCUAGUCAUGUUAUUUCCAAUGGAAAUUUGACUCGCGUGAAGCUAUCUUGGAGUUGUGGUGCCAAGCAAGUAGCUGUAAUGGGAUCGUGGGACAACUGGCAAACCAGAGAGAUUUUGCAGGGUACAGGAAAUGGUUUCUUUGUUGUAAAGACACUCCCACCAGGUGAAUAUCAUUACCUGUUUAUAGUUGAUGGCUAUUUGAGGUGUGCUCCAGACUUGCCAUGGAUCUGUGAUGAUUCAGGGAAUGCUUACAAUAUUUUGGAUUUGCAGGAAUGUGAGUCUGAAUUGCCAGAAAAUCUAUCAGAUUUCAGAACUCCCCCAUCACCUCCUUCGAGCUACGAUAACCAAUGCUUAAACGAAGAUGACUUUAGUAGGCCUCCACCGGAGACACCCUCUCAACUACAUUCUACAAUUCUAAAUAUUGAGCCAUCUUUAAACGAUGGUCAGCACCCGCAACACACAGAGUUGAACCAUUUGUACAUUCAACACCAAUUUGAUGGUCAGUUCAUCGCACUUGGUUCCACGCGUAGAUUUCGCCAAAAAUAUGUUAGGAUGGUAUUGUACAAGCCUGUUAGAAGAACAAAUUGAUUAUGGUUUGGUGGGAGUAAAUUUAUUUGACUGUGAUAAUGGGAUAUAAGAAGGUUUUGUGGUUAUGGCUUAAGGGGUUUUGGAAAGCAGUUUGUGUAAGUAAUGGUAGGACUUUCUUUUCCAAUAUACUUCAUUAAAGCGAUCAUUUUUCAUGAUCAUGAAAUUAAGUUUCAGAUUCCUGUCCAAAGAAA